AUGACGGAUGCAAAUGGUAGCAAAGAGCCAACGGGCACGGGCACGGGCACGGGCGCGGGCGCGGGCGCAGGCGCCGACUCGGGGAGACGCAAGUUUACACUGUCUGCGACCGCAAAGAACCUUGUGUCAGUUGUUCUUGCGCAUAUCAGUGAAUUGAAGGGGGCGGGAAGGCUCAUAUGUGCGCUUUUACAGAUGGAAUGCGUCAAGCGUAACAUCGGCCAUCUUUGUACCAAGGACGAGCGGCAAGCACGAGCCAAACGAUCAAAGACGGAUAAUAAAGACAAGACCGCGAUCAAAAAUGAGACACCAUCGGUGGAGGACGAGGGCGAAGCAGAAGCCGAGGAGACAAUGCAACUGUUGGAGCAUUUUGUCGACGGACCGCCUCGUGCGAGUGCCUCUCUACCCGCUCUGGUCGGCCCAACCUCGUUGUCGGUUGCGCCGGAUUUUCCUAAUCGACAUUGGGAAAAUAAUGAUCCUAAGCGACAGGGUGAGAAACUCACCCUGAUCCAAGAGAUUGUCGAUGCGAUGCCAGAGUUGGAGACAAUGCAUGCUCUUUUUGAAAUCUUUGUGACCCGCUGCCAGGGUCCCUUGGGCAAUGUGGUGCAUACGCCGAGCUUUAUGAAACAAGUUGAGCAGUUCAGCAAGUGCUUGCAUCUGGCCUCAUCAGACUCGCGGGUCUUGGCGAUAUCGAGCACAGUGACGAUGGAAUCACUGGGUUGUUUCCUCUUAGCGCUCGUACUCGGUCUCGCAUUUCACCCAACUCCGUCAAUGCUCGGAUGGACUCCUACGCCUUCGGCCAUGCGCGUGGAGGAGCUGCGAGCAUCCGACAUGCGCUCCCAGGCCUGGAGAUCUCUAAGCUUGCGUUGUCUCCAGGAUGGAAUUUCUCUGUUCUGUGGCUCGAUCACUGGCCUGCAGGCCGCGAUCAUGCUUUUGCUUGAUGGUCAAGAGGGGUCUCUGGCACUCGAUGCGGUUCUAGUCACUGCAAUUUCUGGAGCCCGCAAGCUCGGCCUGCAUCGGCUCGGCGACAUCAAACUGGACGCCUCUGCAUCGCACUCGCCGCUGAUGGGCAAUGGCAGCUCUGAGCCGGCAGAACCAUCUUAUCUUCGCACGGAAGUGGGCAUUCGAAUAUGGUGGGCCCUCGUGAUGAGAGAUUGGUCACGGGGUCAAGCCCUUGGGUACUACACCGUCCGUCCAUCACAGUUCAACACUCGGAUGCCACUACAUAUCAAUGAUGAUGAUCUCUGUUUGUCCACAUGGAGACUCAGUGUCAACGGCGAGAUCGCAGAGCGACCUCGAUCCGAGUUUACUAUGAUGUCGUACACCGUCCACGCCCUCGAGCUCGGCAGUAUUGUCCGUGAAUCGAUCGAUCUCUGGGGGCUACAGUCCCAGCAGCCCGGUGGCAACGCGGAAUCUGCCAAGUUGCGGAAACACCUCAACAACAAGUACGAAAAGUACGUGGCCGGUCUGCCGUCGUAUUUUCGACUCGGCAGCACAAUAGGACUCACCGCCACCGGUCCAUCGGCGGCGAUUCCCGUGCAACGAUGGAUGCUCCACCAGCAGCUGUGGAGCUUCUUACUUCGACUGCAUCGGGCGACACUGUUAUCUCCCAUCGGGCGUGCUUCAUGUCAGUUGCUAGCACAGAACAUUAUCGGCACCCAGGCCCAGAUCCAGGCCCGAUGCGCCGUCUGCGGUUCGUUGUCGACCAGCGAGACGCAGCUCUUCAACGCGGCUGUCGUGCUACUCCUCGACCUGAUCUUCACUUCGGAACAAGAGGCUACAGAUAGUGCCACGGCCCACCUCAGCCGAUUGAUGACACGCGACAAAGUCAGGGAAGCGAUUGAAUUACUGCGAACCAAAAGCAUGGCAGACCAGACCUCCCUCCACGAUCUUCACUCGGAGCAGGUCCAAGGGUCCGCCCAACGGAGCGUCGAUGCUCUGGAGGCUCUGAUGAGGCUAUCGGAGGACAUAUCCGCUCACCCCGAGAUCAACAAGCCGGGCAGUGCGGCCGGCACCCUCCAGGGCGAGCCGCCACUAACCGCCCACGCCUCGUUACGGUCAAAAGUCGCCGAGAUCCUUCGGGGCUUGAGUCCCAGCGGAAGAUCUGACUCGAUGGCUGCGGACCCCCUCAUGCAAGAGAAUCACGCCCCCUUCGAUCCCUUUCCCAUGUUUGAUGUCUCGCCCGCCUUCGCCCAUAUCGGCGGUCCCGACGGCGCAUUCCCAUACGACUUGGACGUGCUCCCCAUCCUUUCUAAUGGGUUCAGCUCUAAUUUUUACGAGCCGUUUGACUUUCUCCCCUUACCAUUCGACUCUCAACCGCCCAAGGAACUGCCAUUUGCAAACUUGGGUGACCUCACUAUUGCGUCGGGCACUCGGAUGACCUACACGUCUCCGUCGUCUAUGAGGAGUGACACCUUUGGAUUGGGUGGGGAGAGUGACACUGCGACGACGCCUUCGAGUGUGGAUGCGUACGUUGCAGCGAAGUUUUGCCACGCGCUAGGGGAUGGAUCGUUGCCGAAUCUGUAG